GUUAAACAAUCAGCCCAAGACGCUUUCAACCAGUGGGUUCAAUCACGUAUGCGCGAGAUGGUCUGGGCGGGGCCAUAUAUGCUUCCUAAUGGAAAAGUCAUAGUUCCUUGGCCAGGGACAAUAGUUCACUACUACGCCGCCACAGAGAUAGUAAGAUGGGAGGACUAUGACAUAAGGUUUGAGAAUGAUAAGCAAAAGUUUGCAAGUUACGGAAACGGAAUUACACGAGAAGGAUAUACUCCUGAUAGUAUACCUUGGCUGAAUCACACUGAUCGAUAUUUACGGCCUCAAACUAAGAGCUUCACAUUUGGCUAG